UGCUUGGUCAUCUUUGGGGACACUUGAAUGGAUGCAAUAUCCAAAAGAACACAUGGCUCUUCUGAAGAAAACAGUUGAAAAUUUAUCAAGGAAGUGUGUGAGACGGAGAGGACUAGUUAACCAGAUCUUACUGUUACUUCUUGUUUUAACUGUGUGUGCCAUUCUGUACAACAAAGUUCACAACGUGCCAUCUUCGUUAAAGAAUGAAACAGUUGAUUUGGAGAGUCCUGAGGAAAUGGAGGAAGAAAUUCCUAUCGUAAUCUGUGCUGCUGCGGGCAGAAUGGGCGCCGCUAUAGCAGCCAUCAGCAGCAUCUACAGCAACAGCGAGGCGAACCUUUUGUUCUACGUGGUUGGCCUGAAGAACAGCAUCCCACACAUUCGGAAAUGGAUUGAAAAUUCUAAAUUGAAAGAAAUAAAAUAUAAGAUUGUGGAGUUCAACCCAAUGGUACUAAAAGGAAAAAUCAGACAAGAUGCGUCACGGCCUGAGCUAUUGCAGCCGCUGAACUUCGUUCGAUUUUACCUCCCCUUGCUUAUCCAGAAACACGAGAAAGUCAUAUACUUGGAUGAUGAUGUCAUUGUGCAAGGUGACAUCCAAGAACUCUACGAAACUAAGUUAGCUCCUGGACACGCUGCUGCUUUCUCAGAUGACUGUGAUCUGCCUUCUACACACGAGAUGGUUAGAAGUGUAGGGAUGCAGAACACAUACAUGGGAUUUCUGGACUACAGAAAGCAAGCCAUUAGAGAUCUUGGCAUCAGCCCCAGCACCUGCUCCUUUAAUCCUGGAGUCAUUGUUGCUAACAUGACCGAAUGGAAGCAUCAACGGAUUACAAAGCAGCUGGAAAAGUGGAUGCAAAGAAAUGUGGAGGAGAAUCUGUACAGCAGCACCCUUGGCGGGGGUGUCGCCACCUCCCCAAUGCUGAUUGUAUUUUAUGGGAAGCAUUCGACUAUUAAUCCCAUGUGGCACAUCAGGCAUCUGGGCUGGAGUCCUGAUACCCGCUAUUCAGAGCAUUUUCUUCAGGAUGCUAAAUUACUUCACUGGAAUGGAAGAUACAAACCUUGGGACUACCCUAGUGUUCACACUGAUCUCUGGGAAAACUGGUUCAUUCCUGACCCCUCAGGGAAGUUCAAAUUAACUCGUCCUGAGAGCUGAUACUGGAACCUACUUGAUGGAUKCAUACACCACAGGGUGCAGGAUGUGGUAAUUGCUUAAUUAAUCGGUUUAAAAAACACAAAACCCAAAGCAUGUUAAAUAGUGCUAUAAGAGAUGAUCAAUUAUAUGUGCUUAUGGGUGCAGCAGUAGCUAUGCACUUAGCUCUGCGUUCUUGACUUUCAAGUAAGGUGAAGAAACAAAUUUACUUGACACAGAAAUACUUUCAUUAAACAUUUACAGAGGUGAAAGACAGUCACAGACAUGAUGUGUUUUAAGGUAAGGUCUUUAUAAAUAUCACUAAUAGCUGCUGCUAGAAAAAUCUACACAGAAAAUACUUGCAACAUUACAGACAAGCUGCCUUUAGUCCUCUUGCCCAACGUAAGCAGCCUGAGAUUAAAAUUCGGGCAGCAUUUCUAUUAAGAGGAGCCUCUUGCCUGCAGGUAGUUGGGCAGCAGCGUGUCGCUCUGUGCCCCGGAGCGGGAUCAGUAUCAGACAGACCCUGCGCUGGCCACAGAGCCCUGCUACCACGAUGCAAAAAUCACACUCUAACACACAGUUCCUGAUUUUAUUGGCAAUCAGUGGUAGAUUUAAGACAGAUUAAGAACCUCUGCAUUACUGUAAAGAGAAGAGCACCAAUUCUGAGGGAGUACACACAGAAAUAAAAUAUUUAGUGAAACUGUCAUUGUACACUUAACCAUACUUUAUACAUAGAUAGCUGUAUACAUAGAUAUACAGUAGGUGUCUUGAGAGACCUUUCCCUUCAAAAUAAAAAGGAAAAACCAAAACCCUUACAGUAGUUAUAUACUACUGUGGUACCUACUCAGCAGUGCUAGUUACAUGCUUUUAACUUUGUUGAAAAAUAAAAUAAGAGUUGUAACAAAUCCCUGAUACAAGAUACUUUGAGCACCUGCAGGAAAAUGUCCAUGUAAACAGUGAUACGUGAUACAGUACACCUUAAAUAACAGACAAGACAAAUCCUCUACCUUUUUGACAACAUACGGAACAGCUUUAGGCUGAAGCUAAUAAACACAAUCAAACUCAUAAUGCACACUUUGUUGAUUUAAGACACAUAAUUUGGGAAGAAAACUGUAAACAUCAUACCUGCCUCAUGCCAGGCUGACA